AAAACGUUUGUUUUGCAUACCGAAGUCUUUACUUGGACGUAAAAAAUAAUGACUGAAUAUUAUUCGUAAAGUAUCGUAAUAGUGAGCAUAACUAUCAAGUUGCACGAGAAAAUAAUUAAUGUAUGGAAUGAUGACUUUAAUUGUCAAAACUGUGUCAUGUCAAGUGUUGAAAGUGGAUGUUACAUGAUGUUAUGAUGAUAAUUGAAACUUGACUAUGCAUCAGGUGCCCGACUUCAAAAAAAGGGAACAACAAUUAAAGUGCAAUUAUUUGGACACUGGUUUUUAAAGAGGUCAACGCUGCUGGAUAGGCUAGUAUUACCGUCGACAAGUCAUAUUUAAAUAUAUAUUUCGACAAAUACCGCUGUUUUAACAGCCGGGAAGAAUUGUAGGGUGCCCUCUGCUUGGGUCAUGUGAUAUCUGGUUUUAGGUUACCAUGGGUAGCGUUGGUGCGGACUUUACUGUGGAAUUGCUCCUUGUUGUUUUUGAAAGUGUCUAUGGAUUUGUUCAUUAAUUUGGUGUUAAUUAUUUGUGUAUACAGUGGCCCAUUUUCGAUAACUUGUGGAAUUUGGAUGUUUUAAAGAAGUGUUUUUAUAUCAUAUUACUGAACAAAAAAACAAAUAGUAUGAAAAGAUGAAAACAAACAAGGCUAUGACCUUUGAUAUGAGAUUGGAAAGAUUUUCGGACUGUUAACUUUUAUUAUUAUAUUUCGGUCAUAAUUUGCCUUUGAAAAGGCCUGUGUAUCCAAUAUAAGAUGAUUAUCAUGCUUAUGGAAGUUUAAUAAAAUCGCACGGGAUGUGUCGUAACUUUGAAUUAUAAUCUGCUGUUCUAUGAUUUACUUUCGAAGAGGAUUUUUAAAAUCUGUUUAUCAAUGUCGAGUGGGCCAUGAAAUUUGGUGUUAUAAUGCUCACGAAAUCAUAUACAUUUUUUAGCGAAAAUUUUAAUACCCUCUUUUCCAUAUGAAAAGGCACACAUAAUUGUUGAAGAUUAUUUAUGUAAGGAUAUCAGUGACUGGAUGGUUUUUUGACGUAAAUAUGUGAAAAAUGUCAAUGGUGGAUGUAAAAAAACGUACAUGGUACUUUAAAGGUUACCUUAGUUAAUACACUACAUAAACUACUUUAUUAAAUGUAUUAUGUAAGAAAUCACAGCUUUUCCAUAAUAAUGGAAUUAUAACCAGUGUAGUGUAAGCUAAUUAAAAGUUAUAAGAAAAGUUAUUUAAUUUAAGUAACUUAUAAUUAUUAUGGAUUUUUUUAUCGUGUUCAUUUUUAGUUUGAAAUCAAUUUUUAUCAAUGUAGAACAGGGAAAUUAUGAUAAUAGUACACUAUUCAAACUAGUGUUGAAACAGAUAACAGGUAAUAAAAUUGCCUUUACUGUUUGUUGAAAGAUAAUGUUAUCACGCGCCUUUUUGUGUUUACCUGGAUUAAAAUAUUUUAAUAACCACUUAAGCUCUAAUUUAUUUAGAAGUAAAUAAAGGAAUUUUAUUAGGGCAACAUUGCAUCAAUUUGUAUUCGACAUAAGAGUUAUUGAAAGUGUGUAAGCAAGCUCUCAAAUAUAGUCAAAUGCAUGAGGAAACCCAUGCUUUAUAGGAGUUUAAAUUAUGAACAUAAUGAAGAUACGGAGAUAAUCCCUUGUAAACACAGUGGGUGUUAAAAAAGAACAGUUAUCUUAGGUAGUUCAUGACAAUAUGAGUGACUAUACAGGUAGUCGGAUAGCAGAAUACACAUCCAAUCAAGUGUUGAAUAAAGAUGAUGAUAGAAAUGGUAUGUUUGUGAGAAAUUAUGAUUCUAACAUGAUGGAGUGUUACCUUGAACAUGAGGAUGAUGACUGUGGAUUUAAAUCUCUCCCAGAGUAUGCGUUGCGACAGUUAUUCUCUGAGGGAGGAAACAGUCUGUCCUUGUCACGAUCAAUGAAGGACACUACAUGGAGGAACAUUCCGGAUAUAAUCACUACGCCUGACUCCCCGGCUACAGCGAGGAAGAAGCGACGGGCCCCAGACCCACCUUCAGGCCUUGUUUUUGCUCGUUCAAAGUUUCCAUCGAGCGAUGACAUUGUUGAUCAUAAAACGAAAAACAAGAAAAAGCACCUAAUCACGGGCAGCCAGACUCUGCGUCCAAAGAGUUUGAGCCCGGGCAGACUGCAGGCUGACUUAUUUGAUGAGCUGAUAGGAAAGCUUGAUUCGAAGUCACCAUCCCCUGUCGGCUCACCCAGGGUGACUAGAGCCAAGACUUUACUUAGCAAACUCAGAUCACCAAGGAUACACCACAAAGGUUCUAGGCGGAAACGAACAACCUCAAAAGAGGAGGAAGAGGCUGGUUUUCGCUCGGGCGGCUCCAGCGUUGCUUCGUCUUUUGAUGAGACUGAUGGAGUAUCAGGGCCAUCCUUGCUGUUUGGGGUCCUAGCUUUCAUCCCAGAGAGAGAUGUUGAAUUUGAGGUUCAGCGUAUCCCAGAGUAUGACAAAUACCUUAACGAGCUCCUGCAGGAGACAGAUCCAGGUCAUCCGGACUACGACCACCUGAAAAGGGCCGCGGACAAAGUUCGACAGAUGGUGAAGGAGAGAGAGGAUGAGCUUGAAAACAUGGACAACACUCGCAGGAUGGAACGUGUGCAAGACAAGUUCCCGUAUGAUGACCUCCAGCUACGCAACAUGGACUUACAGAAACGACAGUUGGCGAGUCGUCGGAAGUCUGCCCCUGGUGCCGUCCUCUUUAAAACCCUUGGCAAGAGUAGAAGUGCUAACAACCUACAACCCCAAAGCAGUAUGGGUCGAAAAGAGGCAGAGAUCAUACGUCGGCAGUAUAACAACUUUAACCGCCAGUACCUCAUGGAGGGAAAUGUCGAGUUCUCACGGGGUAUGCAGACCCAGGACCGAUACCUGUUCCUCUUCAGUGACCUUCUCCUUGUGGCCAAACAAAAGUCCAACACAACUUUCAAACUGAAGCACCGGUUGCGCGUUUGUGAGCUGUGGAUCGCGGACUGCAUUGACGACAUCUCUGAACUAACAAGGCCUAAGGAACGUUCCUUUGUGCUCGGCUGGCCGACAACAAACUAUGUGGCAACCUUCAAAAGCGUAGAACUCAAGGACACAUGGCUUAUAAAGCUCAAAGAGCAGAUAGAGGAUGAGCGGGGAAAAUCAAAGCCGGAGCAACUGCCGCUACAGGUCCACCACAAGGAGAACGAAACUACAUGUCCGGUCGACGUGGAGCGGGAUACAGACGCACGCACGAUCAUCCGACAAUGUCUCAACCAGCUUCAGAUACCGGAGCAUGAUGAGAAUGACUACCAGCUGUGGGUGAGGCUUGGCCCUGAUGAGUCCCCCUAUCCACUUUGUGGGCAUGAGUUGCCGUACGCAAUCAAGCUGAGUCAUAUCCGGGACUUCGGUAACAAACGGGACCAGGACAGCCUUACGGAGCCAGAAAUUCGUCGUAUCAUGGAGGAAAUGCAGAACAAUAACCGAAAAUACGAGUUCUUCCUUAAACACAAGAAGUCGCAGAAACGCCAAAGCAUUGAAGAGAACACAACAAAGCCAAACAAAACAAAGCGGAAGUUCACCAUCUUCCGUAGAAAUCGUGACGACAAAAAGCCACAUGGCAAAUUGUUUAGCCGUACGCUUGAGGACGUCACAACACCGGAAGCUCUGAUUGCGAAACCUGUCAAGGAGUUGCUCACAAUUUUGUUCCGAGAGGGCCCAUUUACUGUGGGAAUUCUACGGAAGUCGUGUAAUGCUAAAAUGUUGAAGGAACUUCGCCAGCGACUUGAUGAUGGGGAAGAUUGUCUCUCAUCUGACACCUGGCAGCCUCUUGUCAUAGGCGCCAUCAUCAAGGACUACCUACGCAGUAUCCCAAAGAGUUUGCUCAGCGAGGACCUGUUUGAUGAUUGGAUUGCUGCCAAUGGUAUAUCAGAUGCUCAGGAAAAGACAAAAAAGUUACAAGAGACAAUAGAGAAGCUUCCUCCAGCAAAUCGGGAGCUCCUGCGGCACCUGAUGUGCGUUCUGCACCAUAUCGACCGAAAAUCUGAAGAAAACAAGAUGACCGCAUACAACCUCUCAGUGUGUAUUGCCCCAAGCCUGCUUUGGCCCAAGGGUAACCCUGACCCCCUGCUUACACCUCCUGCUGUUCUACAGUUUAUGAUUGAGAACUGCGGCACGGUGUUUGGAACGGAUGCGGUUCAGUUAUUCGGGGACUUUGUCGAGCAGAAGAUGCGCCAGGACUCUAGUACAGACUCCGACAGCAUGCACAGUGUCCUUAGCUCACAUAGCAACUUCAGGCGUGACGAUUCCUCAAUCGACAGCCUAGAUCGAGAAGGCCUUUAUACGGUGGACCUGGAUUCCAGUCCCCAUGUCAGCAAGUCACAUCAUUUCUCGCCUUCAAAUCUUAGUGGUGACUCGGGGCUUAUCAGCGAUUCACAGUUUUACGAUGAGGAUACAAAUGGGAAUGACAUCACUGGUGAACAAUGUUACUCAAGAAGUAACUCCCAUUUCCUCGAUCGUGAAAUGUCGCAAGAGGAUUUGGAGCCAGCUAGUCGAAGCCACGACAGUCAGUUUUUCUACCAUGGGUAUGAUCCUGUGCCCCCACCGCGCAGGCAGAAAAGAAGAGGGUUGGAUAAUUCACCAAAUAUGGAAUACGACCGGCGACGUUAUGUGUCACAGGCGAACCAUAAUGUGCCUGCCCUCUAUGAGAGGCGUAUGAACAAUCACGCCUCGGACAAGUUUAAACGCAUGUCUACAGAAUCUCUUAAAAGUGUUGAAGAAGGUCCUGAGGCAGAAGCUAUAAGGCGUGUCCCGAGUUAUAAACAGCAGGAACCAACGUUAGUAAAAUCUGCUAGUGGUGCUCACUUGUACAUUGAGGAUAUUACCCUCUACCAGUUCAAUAAUAUAAACAAUGAUAGCAGUAGGAGACGUUUCUGCAAACAGUCGAGUGAUGGUGCUCUAAUGUCCCCACAAUCUAAAUACUCAUUAAGUAGUUCCCGGGACAGUGUGCUAAGUGACUCCUCAGGUUCAUACCUGAACAGACAAAAUAGUCCCGAUCCGUUGUCUUCCUCUGCGGAAACCCCUGAACAGGAGGAUCGAGGAAUGUCUGACUGGCUUAAUCAACAGUCGAGACAUACAGCUUUCUCCGAAAACAGACAGUCACGCAUCAGUCAUGAUGAUAGUGAAGUUGGAUUAAAAUCAGAGAGAAACACACACAAUUCGUUGAACUAUCUUGUAUCCCCUAAAACCUCGCCCAAAAUACGCAGACGGUCUCCGAUUCCGCUGGAGGCUCGAAGAUCAUAUCCAAUUCAAUCUCAGAUAACCCCUAAAGGGUCAGGGUCAAAUACUUCAAAAGAGGCCGAGGAUAUUAUUCAGUCACCAAAACUUUCAGUCACAUAUUGUUCUCAGGACUCUUUAGACAGGCGGGAUCUUGAUGAUGACUCGUGCAAGGAUAAAUUUGCGUCACCGCAUUUGGACUUGUAUAACAAUAACAAACGCAUGAAACAGUUGAACAUUUAUGCUUCCGGGCUUCAGGGGACUUCACCCCCACCCCGAGUAGUGUUGCAAGAGCUUGCUUCGCAAGCCCAGGUCAAGAAGCCCCAACAGAACAAGCCUCUUAAGGGUAACCACACACUGUUGAUGGAGAGUGACAGCAAAAUGAAAUAUCCCAUGGAGGAAAGCUCCGUUUCAAGCGAGGACGAGGAUGACGUAAAUUCCAAAGUGGAGCCGAUUCGCGUACCAGCUAUACGUCCCAAUGUGCCUUUGAAGUUUCCUACUUCUAAGCCUGUUGUUGAACACAGAAAAAGUGCUAGUGACAGUUCCAGCCAUUCCACUCAUUCUGAUGAAGGUGGAGUAGUUAGGCCCGAGAACCCACCAGCUUAUUAUGAAGCUGUGCAGAGAAAUAGACUCUUAAAACAGGGACUUUCCCCGGGAAGUGGUUCUGAUACUGACACUGAAACAAUACGCCAACGGGAGGCAAGUUUACACGCUAAACAGCUCUACGAGCAGUCCAUGAGACAGUACCAGGAGAAAGAAGAAGUCUCUCUUCCAUCCUCUAAACAGUUUAUACAAAAACUAGAUUCACAUACAGAAGAAUCAUCCCCUGAGGAUACAGAAUCUGUUUCAUCAGAGGAGGAAGAGGAACCCCGGUAUAAUCCUCACAAAAUCUACGAAGAAUCUCUUAAACGCUUCCAAGAAGAGCAAAACAAACAGUUUCCUUUGUCAGUUACUGGUACCAGUAACACUAUUUUGCUUUCGAAAAACAAAGGAGACUCUCCACAAUUGCUCUCUCCCCAUGGAUCUAGUUUACAUCGUAGCAGUAGUGAUGUAGGGGACGUAAGUCGAAGUCCCUCUGCAAAUAGUAGAACAAGCAGUAAUGACUCCACCCCAACCAGGCGGCCUUCCCAGCCCCCGCCCUACAAUGACCCGCCUCCCUACAGGGGCCAGCAUAGAGAAACCAGUCCGACUGGGGCGCGCAGACACUUGUUUCCGAAGGCCGGGGAGAAUGUAUACCAAUCUGAAAUUUCUGGCACACAAACAGCAUCGGCUAAAACUGUCCCGGAUAUAGCAAUAGCAAGUGACGCGGAUGCACGUUUCACUGGCAAAGCUGAAAACCUUCAUGUAAUUCAAAGACGUAAAGACAAUAGUAUAUUGGUGUCAAGCAGGUCUAGAAAUACUAUGAAUUCAGUACCUCAAAAUAGGGGCUAUAGAAUACCAACUGUGGAUCAUACUGUAAAAAGUGCACAAAUGAACUAUAACAUGCAAUAUAGGUCACCAGUAACAAAUAUUAGAGCGUGUAACUCUCCUUCGAACACUAAGCAGUCUAGUGUCGGUGUGAGUGUAACUCGGUCAUCAACAGAUGUGUUCAAACCUCGGUCUUCCUCAGUAGAACCAAAUGAUCAUCAAAACGGGCCCGCCCACCCACCUGUAUCUUCACAAGGAGCGAUAUCGUACAGAAAUCCGCAGAUGAACAAGUCGUCCACUAAUGUCACAAAAUCUCAGUCAUCUUUGUCCCUGCAGACGGGUCGAGAAAGGCGGGGUUCACUAGAUGCUGCAGUAAUGCGUCCAACUGCUCAGAAAGACCUUCCUUGGAGUGUGAAACGUCUAAGCAACAUUUUUGACACAGUUAAAGUUGACACAAAUAGUACGUCAUCAAAUUCAUCAUCACGACCAUCUCCAUCAACGUCUUCAUCAGCACGUUCAACUCCCGUGCACAAUGCUGACAAUUUGGGUUUAUCUUACAAUGACACUUUUCGAUCAAAUGCAUCAAGCAGUAGUAGUCAAAGUAGUGUAAAUACAGGCUACUCAAGUGCAAGUAGGUCACCCAUCAAGGGAUUUACAAAGUUCGGACCACAGGCGCGCGAUUCCUUCAGCUCAACAGACGAAUCCGAGUGCUCCUGCAGAUACUCCUUAAGCUGUCGUCGUGACAACAGCAGUGUUGAGGAGUUAACCGAUCCUAGCCUCACUGACAUAACCUACGUUUAAUUAUGAACGAAUGUUACCCAGAGAUGAACACUUUCAUGUUCAUGAGGUUACUGAACAGUUUUAGACAGAGAAAUACAUUUUCUUUUACAAGUUUUAAGAGUUUUGAUACCAAAUCCCAUUUUAUGUGACUCUUAGCAAUAAUUUUCAGCAAUAAAUGUGUUCAGCCAGUUUUGUAAUUUGUUCAUCUAAAUGUUUUGUCAUGGUGUAUAAAGCAAGAAAUUAUAUUUUUCCACAUACUUCCUUGUAUUCCCAAUAAAUACUCUUUGACAAAACCAUAUUACCUCCUGAUAAAUUAUUAUUAAGACAUCGAUGUUGACAUGUGUUAUAAGUGUUGAUUCAUAGAUUUGUAUGAAUUGUUAAAAUGUGCUACUGUAAAUAAUUUGAUCUAUUAGAACUCGUAUCUUCCAUGAACAUCACUUUGUAGAAUUCUUAUUGAUGACUGUAUGACUUAUGAUUGUUCAUAAAUACUGACAAAUGAAUUAUUAAAUUAAAAAAGUGGGACUGUGAUAUGUGUAUAUUAUAAUCUAUAAUAACAAUGUUAAGUUUGUGUGUAUGCAUAAAAAAAUCAUACAAUGUAUAAAGUUACAUACAAUCAUGAAUUUGUACAUAAGCAAUAUACAUGAAAGUGAGUUGCUCAGCAGACUUUUGAACAUACAGACUGUAUUUAAUACACAUAACUACCAACUUAAAACUUUUAAUAAUAAAGAAUAUAUUUGAUACACAAUGAACAAAGUUGGAACAAAAACUGUAUGAUAAUUAUAUGCUUAAUACUUAAAACAAUCAUUGUAUGGACUUUAAACUUGAAUCUGUUGAAGUAUAUAAGUCAUAAGGUAUGAAAUAGUAGCUACUACUAAAUAUUCAUGUAACAGCUUUUAUAAAAUAUAACAAUUGUACACAUAAAGCUCAUUGAUAUAUUUUAUCAUGUAUUUGUACAUUUUAUCUUUUUUACGUAUUAUAUGAAAUCAACCAUUCUGUGUAUCUCAGGAUUUGUACAUAUAAAAUGUGGAAGUACACACAACUAUAUUUAUUAUGAACAAUUAUUAUCAGUUAUGAAAUUAUACUGUGCUUAUUUCAUUAUGAAAAAAUAUGUUGAAUAAAAAUGUUCUAUAA